AGGUUUUCUUGUGGAGUCUCUCCUCUGUAAAUGGAAACCAAAUAAAAAAAAUGUUGUUACUUUGCAUAAAUAUUAAAAUGAUUUGGAUAUACAUUAUUGAUUAACAAAGGGAGAAUGAGAAAGCACACUCGGGGUGCCCCAGGACUCAAUUCUGGGACCCUUCUGUUCUCUUCAUGUGGCCAAUUAAUAAAUGGAGUUAAUAUGAUUAACUGAGGUUCAGGAAGUGGACGAUGCCUCAACCUCCUCUCCAACCAACCACAGCUCAUCUCAACCGACACCUUCAACUACCCACAAGCCCAUUUUAUACGGCCUAUCCCAACAACGCCGUUUGCUCACAGAAAUUAUGACGUCAGUCUUGUCGGAGUUUAGCUGGAAACAAAACUGAAGUCAUUGUCCCACAGAAACAAAGAGACAGUGUCUCUUUGUUAAAGAAACCUCCAGUUUCUCUCUUUAAAACUUUCAAAUCAAGUUAAAAAAAUCUAAAGGUUUAACUUUGUCAAUAAUUUGUCUAUAAAUUGGGCAAUACAAAUAAACUUGCUUUGCCUGUGUUUAUGAUCUGUUAUGUAGAUUUAAACACAAUGAUGUCAGAAGUGUUAAUCGAGGCGUUCGGCAUAAAGAUGGGAGUAAAAAAUACACAAUGUAUAUUUGUCAAAAAUGUCCAGGCCUGGUUUGUUAAUACACAAUGAGCUACUAAUAAUGUAAAAGUAAGAAAUAUAUCUUAUAUGAUCAUUUUACGAAGUCAAAACACAGAAGUGGGCAAAGAACAACCAUUUUAAAAGGGGGAAGUGAAUUUAUUUAAGUGGCAGAAGAAAGCCCAAGUGCACACACAAACACAAAACCACACAAGGACAAGUGAAAUGGCUGAAGCAAAUAUGUACUCACAUGUUGCUCUAAUAAAUACGGAAGACAAUGAUUUUCAAGUGGAAGAAGCCUCACAGAGGAGGUCAAAGUUCACAGUCGGGAGAGUGGCUCUGGGGGUGCUCAGUCUGCUGCUUUUGGCUGCUGUUUCUGCUCUCAUUGGAGUCAUCGUGCAUUAUAACAGUUCAUCCACCUGUGAGGCAAAGACAGACGCCUCGACAUGCAGCAGUGUGACUCUCUGUGAUAAGGGCUGGUUGCUUAAUGGGACACAGUGCUAUUAUUUCUCCCCCAUAAGACUCCAACUAACCUGGAACAGCAGCAAAGAGAAAUGUCGGAGCUUCAGUGGAGACCUGAUCAAGAUCGAGAGCACAGAGGAACAGGAGUUUGUGGAUGGUACAGUUCAACAUAUGAUGGUUAAAUGGGCUGACAGAUUUUGGAUUGGACUGACAGACUCUGAGACAGAAGGGACAUGGCUGUGGGCCGAUGGCUCUCCACUGGACCAGAGUUUACAAUUUUGGACAAAAAAUGAGCAUAACACUGAACCAGACAACUGGAAAGAAGAAGAUGAAGAUGGAGAAAACUGUGCGACUAUGGGAGAGAUCCAUUACAUAAAUGGGAUAAAGUCUUGGUACGAUGUUUCCUGCAAAAUGAAUAUGAGGUUUAUCUGUAAGAAAAGAGCCACCAGAUCAGCUGCAUGUGGAUAGAAACACUUUACAAACGCUUUGUCGUGGUUCUAAGUUAAAGCAUGAGGCCUUUGUGAGUGUUUAGCUUUGACUAGAAAAAAAGUUUAGUUUUUUUUUUUGUUUUGUUUUUUUGCUUCAUCUUGCAACUUACAUUGGGACAUUAAAGGUGCACUGAGUAACUUUUUUCUGGUGGAGGGUCCAUCAAAAGCUUUUUUCCAUGGAGACGUCAUUGCUUUGUCUGAAAUGUUUCACAGUAUGUU